AGACUGCUAAUGCAGGAUAGUUAAAGGCCACCAGCGCGCACCUUUGUAUUUUGAAAUACAACAUGAUAGUUUUCUUUUCACAGGUUGUGGAAAUUCAGGUUUUCAUGUUUCAAAAGGUAUUUGACUAAUGUAAAAAAUUUUUGCUUAACAUUUUAUAGGCACGUAUACGUGCUACAAAACGCACGCGUAGAUAUUUUAUUUUUAUGAAUUUUGUAGAGGCCUCAGGCAUGUAUAUAUAGUCAUCAAACAGACUCAUGGAAUUCGGUUCCUUACUUUUAAAGGGAUUAGAAAACCGGGAUAGCUCUGAUCGUGAUAGCUCCGAUUUGUCAUCACUAAGCGCACAAACCUUACGGAUUAGACUUAAGCUGACAAAGGAAAUGUCUGAAAUACCUUUAGAAAGUUUUUUGGAAUGCUGAGACGAAACAUGACCGCUAAAAAAGCCAGUCGCCAACUGCAUUCCGCUUGGGUGCGUUUUACAAUGUGAUGAAUUCACAAAACGAUGGUAAAUCCAACAAUGAACCGCUUCCGGGACCAGCAUCUGGAAAACCAGGCGACAGCAAAAUGGUUUUUAUUGCCGAGUACGGUUAUUUAUUAGCAGGAGGAAGUGUGUGUUUCUUAUUGGGAGUUAUAUUAACCCUGGUUUUUGUUUGGAUUAUCAUUUUGAUAUGCAACCGACAGAUUGCUCUCGAGCGAAUAGGAACGCAAUCUAAAGUGGCCCAUGCGUAUGCCGAAUACAGUGUGCAAAAUGAAGCAAUAAAAAAGCCAUACAUCAACCUGUCCAAAAGUUUUAACUGCACUGCAACACAAAGGCAUCUGCUGCUAACGGAUUAUCAGUACAGAAACAUGGAAACCCAAAUGGAGCUGUCCUUUGAACUGGGAAUGAAAUGGGCGCAGACCAUAAUCAAUAAAACCGCUUAUGCCGGUUUAUUUACUACUAUACUGGCUGCAGCCAUUAUAAUGCUGUUUAUUGAAGUCCUGUGUGUGAUCGUCUUCAUGAUCUAUGAGCAGAAAUUUAAAGGAGUUACGACUGCUGAAGAAGCCGAACAAUUAAACGAAAAGUACAACUUUUUAAUUCAAGGCCCAAAGGUCAUCCAUCAUGGAGUGUUCGAAGUGACGAACAGUUUAAGCAACGCCAGCUUGCAUGUAAAAAACUUGGUAUCAAGAGCCAGUAAUUCAAUAACCGACAUCAAAUCCAAAUUCACCCCGCGCACGAUGGCCGCAACCACGGAUAUGACCAUUACUGUGCGACCGCCGGCGCCCACCACGCCACCCGUACGCCCAACAGCUUCGCCUCGACCGGACCAGAUUUCUUCCGGCCCGCCAAAUUGGCAGUACCAAUUUCAAGCUGACUCCGCUAGGGCAAGUAGCAACGCACCGGACGCGGAUGCAAGGACGGAAUUUUCCAAGUCAGUUGGCUUGAACACGCUGCGCGAUCAUUUGGAUAAGCAUAACCUGUUGAUUCCUUUAUCAGAGCAUAAUUCCGAAAUCUUGUCGCAUGACCUGCCCAAUGAGCCUCAGGUCAGACAUGUCAGAUAUUCCGACAGCGACCGACGAUCCCAUGAUCAUACAGCGGGAUAUUACUCCGGGGGAAACGCCACGCAGUACAACUACGAUUGGAAUCGUGCUUCCGGGGACGACCUCGAACAGGACGCGCAGUCUUGGAACAGCUCCAGAUAGCGUAUUUGUCUGUUAUCUUUUAACUCUUUAUUUUUAUGCAUAGCAGCGUGAAUCUGAUGCACUGCAGUCUGCAGUAUUGUUUUGUAUUUUUGUUGGCACUUCGUACAUCAGUACAUGACGACGUAUUAAAUCGAUAUCCGA